UUUUUAUAUAGAAAUGUAAAUCGUUUCAGAAGAGAACUUUGGACUGACUGUCCUGGUGCUUGGAUUGUUUAUUCUGUAUAUCUGUAAUUAGGGUUCAGUUCAGAUAAGAUCACACACCCAGACGCACGCACGCACACACACACACACGCACACACACACACACACGCACACACACAAAGGUGUAUUUAGUCCCUGGCUUUCUUGUGGUCUGUAGAAGGGAUGACUACCUGUAGCUGAUAUGUGUUUAAAUUACUGGCUUACGUUAAUAAAAAAUUUAAAAAGUACCGUAUGUCUGUAACUAUUAUUUGUUUUUACAUGCGAGUGAAAGCUGGGUUUCCAGGCUGGAUGCCAGUUUUCUACAGGGAUGAAAAGGUUAACAUUGUGACUGUACCAGAGAUCCGUGGGUCUGACUUUUUUGGCAGGGUAUGGGAUAGAAAGAGAGCGAGCGAGAGAUAGACGGCAGCCCUACUUUCCAGAGACACCUUGCUUCCAGCCGUCUGAUCCCAGGACUCGCUACUGGACUGCAGAUAUUAUAUUUUAGAUACUAUCCUCUUCAGAACUGAAGCCACCAUUCUCUCCGCUCAGCUGAGAUGUAUACCUCUCUCCUGAUCUCCUGGUUUGCUGUUGCUGCGAUCGCCACGACUCCCGAUUCCACAUCGGGAGAAGAGCGUUCCCCUGAGCCGCCAGACUGCUCCUCCUCUUGCUCCUGCUUCCACGAUGAAUACAGCUCGGAGCUCCACGUUUACUGCAGCUCACGCAAGCUGUCCAGCAUCCCCUCUGACCUUCCACAGGCCACACACUCCUUGUGGAUGGAUGGCAACAACUUCACCUCCCUCCCGGCCUCUGCUUUCCACAGCCUCUCUGCCUUGGACUUCCUGAACCUGCAGAGCGGUCAGUUAUCCAGCUUGGAUCCCCAGUCCCUCCGCGGGCUCGGCUCCCUGUCCCACCUGCACUUGGAGCGCAACCGGCUACGCUCUGUGCCUGCCAACAUCUUUUACCACACGCCGAACCUGGCCUCGCUUGGUCUCCACAGCAACCAGAUAACUCGCAUUGAGGAAGGCCUCUUCUCUGGGCUAUCCAGCCUCUGGCUCCUCAAUCUGGCCUGGAACUCCCUAGCGGUGCUCCCAGAAACCAGCUUCCAGGACCUUCAGAGCCUCCGGGAGCUGAACCUGGCAGAGAACAGGCUGGCGUACCUGCAUCCGCAUCUCUUCCAGGGGCUUGUCGAGCUCCAGGAGUUGGACCUCACUGGGAACUUCCUGAAAGUAAUAAAGGCCAAUGUUUUCCACAAGCUGCAGAAGCUUCAGAAGCUCUACUUGAGUCAAAACCUGAUCCACAUGGUGGCUCCCCGCGCCUUUGUGGGCAUGAAAUCCCUCCGCUGGCUGGAUCUUUCCAGCAACCGCCUGGUCGGACUCUACGAGGAGACCUUCUCCGGGUUGCCCAGCCUCCACGUUCUCCGGCUCUCCAACAACUCCAUUGCCGGCCUGCGCCUGAGGAUCUUCCGGGACCUCCCUUACCUGGAGGAGCUCCGGCUGAGCCACAACCGCAUCAAGGUGCUGGUGGAGCGGACCUUUGAUGGGCUCGGCCACCUAGAGGUCCUUGCCCUGGACCACAACCAUAUUCAGGAGGCGCGCCUCGGUUCCUUCCUCGGGCUCCCCCACCUGGCCGUGAUGAGCCUAACUGGCAGCUGCUUUCGGAGUCUUCCAGAGCAGGUCUUCAAGGGCUUGGCAAACCUGCACAGCCUCCACCUCGAUGGCAGCUGCCUCACCAGAAUACGGCCCCAGACCUUCUCAGGGCUCACAGGCCUUCGCCGACUCUUCCUCCAGCACAACAGCAUCUCCCUGCUCGACGACCAGAGCUUUGCGGAGCUCCCUGGGCUUCAGGAGCUGGAUCUGAGGUUCAACAAGCUGGUUUCCACGUCCUCUCAAACCUUUGCUGGCUUGAAGAGCCUGGAGUACCUCCUGCUGUCUUCCAACCAGCUCCAGCGUCUCCCAGAAGAAGCGUUCGCCCCCCUGCAGCGGCUCUCCUGGCUAGAUCUUUCCUCCAAUAAACUGGAAUCCAUCCAGAACAGCACUUUGCUGCCCCUUUCCAGGCUGCGGUACCUCAACGUCAAGAGGAACAGCCUCCGCAGCUUCCCCGAUGGGUUCCCAGGGAAUAUGGAGCAGCUGUGGCUGGAUGGGAACCCUUGGCACUGCAACUGCUCUGCGCUGCCCCUCAGGGACUACAGUUUGAGCAAACCCCAGACUGUCCCCCGCCUGGUGGAGACGCUGGAGGAUGGAGAUGACAAGAUUGUGUACAAUAACAUCACCUGCGCCAGCCCGCCGAGCACAGCCGGAAUCGACCUCCGGGAUAUCGGCAACGAGCACUUCCAGGACUGCUAGCUCCCCCCCAGGGAACCAAUCAGCAACUGUCUUUAAACAUACUGGAGAGUUGAUUAGUUAGCAGGAAGAGAAAAGUGGCAGCCGACGUCAGGCACUGGUAGUGGAUAAUUACACGAUUAGUAAUGUCUGUGUGCAUCUGAAGUGUAGCAAACUAGCGAUGUUAGUAUUUUAAUUGUAUUCAGCUGUUUGAAUAAAAAGAAAAAUAAUUGAAGUGUGCAGUUUCAGAUAGUUACUUAUUAAAAAAUAAAAUUCCAAACGCAAAAGCAUAAAAACACCAUGUGUACCAAGACAGUACCAGAUAUUCAAGUUCAUGAUUUAUAGGUAUAUAUUUUUAAAGAGGCAACUGGUCCUUCUACCCUGUAUUAACAGCAUUCUGAACUGCACUAGUAAUUAGUAACAAUUAGAUUUCAAUUAAAGAGCUACUGUUGCUUGUAAA